CCCAUCGGCCCUGGCGCCGGGGCGGAAGAAGGUGUGGAGCUAAUUCUCUGAUUCGCAUCGCCUCCACUCUCCUAUCCCGACUGACGUUGGAUAACAAAGAUGGCUGCAGGAACCAGCAAUUAUUGGGAAGAUCUCAGGAAACAGGCUCGACAGCUGGAAAAUGAACUUGACCUGAAGCUAGUUUCCUUCAGUAAACUAUGUACAAGUUACAGUCACAGCAGUACUCGAGAUGGAAGACGCGACAGGUAUAGCUCUGACACAACACCCCUUUUAAAUGGAUCAAGCCAAGACAGAAUGUUUGAAACAAUGGCCAUUGAGAUUGAACAGCUUUUGGCAAGGCUUACAGGAGUAAAUGAUAAAAUGGCAGAAUAUACCAACAGUGCAGGUGUCCCGUCUUUGAAUGCAGCACUGAUGCAUACAUUACAGCGACAUAGAGAUAUAUUGCAGGAUUAUACACAUGAAUUCCAUAAAACCAAAGCAAACUUCAUGGCAAUACGGGAAAGGGAGAAUCUCAUGGGAUCAGUACGAAAGGAUAUUGAGUCAUAUAAAAGUGGGUCUGGAGUAAACAACAGAAGAACUGAACUGUUUUUGAAAGAACAUGACCACCUUCGAAACUCAGAUCGUCUGAUAGAAGAGACAAUAAGCAUUGCUAUGGCAACAAAAGAAAAUAUGACUUCACAGAGAGGAAUGUUGAAGUCAAUUCAGAGCAAAAUGAAUACUUUGGCCAAUCGUUUUCCUGCUGUGAACAGCCUGAUCCAACGAAUCAAUCUUAGGAAACGGCGAGACUCCCUCAUCCUGGGCGGUGUUAUUGGUGUCUGUACCAUCCUAUUGCUGCUGUAUGCUUUCCACUGAUGGAACAUCUCCAGGGACUCUUGACAACCACCACUUUCACACCCUGAUCCGGAAUAAGGAAAAAUAGGAAGGAGAAGUUGAUUGUCCUGAUGAUUAGCCUGACCAACAGGAUUAAUUCAAGACUGAUGGUGAUGGACUCUGUGAUACGGUCAGGUUGAGCUGAAGCCACAGUUUUCCUGUGCUAUCUUUUCUAACACACAUUUCCUUCUGUUUUUAGUUUAAAAAAAAAAAAAAAGUUUUCAGUUGCUUUUGUCUUCCCAGGAGGUAAGUAAACCAAUCAGAAACAGAGUUUCUAUGCUUCAGUAAUAGUGUUGAAGGCUGAUAACAAGCCAGGUCUUAUAGCUGGACUCCAGAAAACCAGGUUUCUCUAUCUAUAUCCAAAGACUGUUUUCCUUUCAGCCACCAGAUUGGGUUGUGAAUAAAAAUAGUUCUUGUCCUUUUAUUUUACAGUCGUGAAGAGAAAUCACAAGUCAUUUCUUGAUAAGCUGUGCUAUAAAUUUCUACUCUGUGCCCCUGUUUUGGUAUUCUAGAAAAAUUACAUUUUUCACAGGUUCUUUGAGAUGCUAACAGGUCAACUUCAACACAGUUGAGGUUGUCUGAAACAGAAGACAAACACUGCAAGAAAAGCUUUUUUCUUCCUCUUUUUUUAAAUUGUAUGCACACUGGGAUUAACUAUAUUGCUGGAAAAGCAUUGAGAAUAACAGGCUUUUUUGUCCGUCCUUGUUUUCAUGUUUUGUUUAUUUCUUCCAUUGGAUUAAUACUUGCUACUAUGAGAAAAUGCAAUCUCAGUUCUACCAUGGUAAAAGUAACUAACAGCCAGUGUCUGUCAGUGCCCCCAACUAUUCCUCAUCAUGGCAGGAUUAACCCUGAGUGAGGGGACUGCUCAAUUUUCAGUGAGAUCUGUUCAGCAAGCCACAUGUAAAAAGACAUUGAUUGAGGGGUCACCAUCCAGAUUAUUCCAUUUGUAAAUGCUCCAUGAUUUAUGAGCAAAAGUUCAAGAAAUACUGCCUAAUGUACCAGGAAGUCUGUGUUUUAUGAAAACCUACUCAUUCCAAAUCUGUUAAGCUUUCCAAACAUCCAGAGAAUGGUUUUACUGUUGAAGGUGCAUGUGACAGAAUCUAUCUGUAUCUGCACCUGUCUUCUACUACCAUCCCUGGACGGUAACAGAAUUUUAAACCACCCACCAGAAUUCUUUUCAGGUUUAACCAUUUCUCCAUUUCUGUAAACUUACAACUUAUUCACCUGAACUACCACAAAUAGUUUGAAGACAUCAACAUCUACACUCCUCACCAAGAAAGAAGGUUGCUCUUCACCAUUGGAAUGGACUCUGGUAUUUAUAGUAUUGACCUCAGACUGUGCCACAGGGAAUAAAAGGAUAUGAGCAUGUAGUUCUUAAUGAUAUCACAGUGCAUCGGUGAUGACAUUCAGGUGAACUUGAUACAAGAGCUGAUGGCUAUACUAACCCCUGGUCUGGUACAGAAACUGAGAGCUUUUUCAUUCUGUUGUCAAAGUUUUAUUAUGUUCUGGGUAUGAAAGCCAUUGGAUACAUUUUUUUAAACUAUGGGGUUUAUUUUUCUAAAUAUGGGUUGAUUGAUCAGAUAACUUGAUUGGGGAUGCCCUGAAAAGAAAGUCUAAGUUUUCCCAAUGUAAAUCUUAAAGGAUCAGAGAAGUUCAUUUACUAAAUUCUCUGUUGGGAGAACAAGACUGUUCUCCCCUGACACUUUAUUAUCUUUGAUUUUUCAAAGGGCCUUGAUUGGUGGUUGUGCCUCAGCUAGAAUUUAUGGGACUUUCAUUGCUAUAUGGUUGGCAUUUAUAAAAUCUGAAGUAUCGUAAAUAAAGUUAUUUAUUUAAUUAUA